AUGGAGGCGAGAAUACUACAUGCGAGGAGAACGCAAGGUAGUAAUGACCAACGGGCUGGUGUUGAAGAUGAAGCCCCAGCAGCACCACGUGAGAGCAUCUCAAGUCGUCCCCUGUCCGCUGCAGGUCGUCUCUAUGUGUACGCACUGCACGGCUGCCUCUGUGAGGUGGCCUUCACGGCUGUGUGGGACUGGUGCAGCAGCCAGGACAGGAGGCUGGCAGGUCACAGCAGCCUGUGGGCGCUGCCUAUGUACGCCACCGCAAUCUACCUCAUGGAGAUCCUCAGAGACCGGCUGCUGGCUCAGCAUUUCCCACUGCCAAUGCGUCUGACGGCCUACACCCUGUUUAUCUACCUAUGGGAGUUCAGCUGGGGGGUGGGGCUGAGGCUGCUGCAGGCCUGUCCCUGGGACUACUCUGGCCAUAGGUACAACCUGGGAGGACUGGUGACUCUGGAGUAUGCACUGCCGUGGACUGUGGCAGCAUUUAUAGCUGAGCAGCAUGUGAUAAGGAACACUCUGAGGAUAAGGCUGCACAACUGA